UGUACAAAAUUCCACUAGUGGCUCCCAACCUCAACUUGUCAACUUCCAAAUCCUCAAACCAAGAUGUCUCACCUCCUUCUCCUCCGCUCUCCCUUCCUGGUAAGAACUCUAUGCCCAUCCUUCAUUUACAAAUAGCACCUGCCUUCAGUUCCCGUCCUCCCUUGAAUGAAUCUCAUCUGUUGGCGCACUCGAUUCCUUCUAUUAUUGCUUCCGAACCUCUCCAAUCCCCUAAAGUAACCAAGUUUCGCUUGAGUUCCGGAGAAUUCACGCAAAACAAAUUUAGAUUUUGUGGUCUUUAUUUCUUAAUUAUCACUCGAUUGGCUGAAUUCCUGAAAGCAUCUCAGAAUCUUGGGUUCUUACUUGGCAACACAGCAAAUUCCAUCUAAAACUCUAGUCUUCUCUUACUCCUUUUCAUCUUCUCCUCUAAAGCUGUCUCUUUGGAAUCCCUCGACAUCUACUUCAAGCUCUGAGAUACCUAAGUAUACGAAACUGAGUCUCUCUGUAGUGCCAAUUUGAUCGGUUUUCUUGGAGACCAAACCCUAGGUUUCAUGGAUACCCUCAGAAUCUACAGCAGGCUUGGAUUGCUGCACCCGGUUCACGGCCUUGCGGAAAGGCACGGCCUUUCUCCCUCCCAGAAGCUUCAGCAGCAGGUGAACAGAGCUUCCUAUAGGAGAUCCCACCGGAAAUGGUCUAAGACAGGGUUGGCUAGAGCUGGCAGCAAUGCCCUUCUGGAGCUCGUGCCCGAAACCAAGAAAGAGAACCUCGAAUUUGAUCUCCCCUUGUACGACCCCUCGAAAGGUCUCACCUUGGACCUUGCAGUUGUCGGUGGAGGCCCUGCAGGGCUCGCCGUGGCCCAGCAGGUAUCCGAGGCUGGCCUCUCGGUCUGCUCCAUCGACCCAUCCCCCAAGCUUAUCUGGCCUAAUAACUAUGGUGUCUGGGUUGAUGAAUUUGAAGCACUGGACCUCCUUGAUUGCCUUGAUGCCACCUGGCCUGGUGCAGUGGUUUAUGUGGAUGACCUCAAGAAGAAGCUUCUCGAUCGGCCUUAUGCUCGGGUCAAUCGCAAGCAGCUCAAAUCAAAGAUGAUGCAGAAAUGUGUUUCCAACGGUGUCCGGUUUCAUCCAGCAAAGGUUGUUAAGGUGAUUCAUGAGGAAUUGAAAUCAUUGCUAAUUUGUAAUGAUGGUGUCACAAUUCAGGCCACUGUGGUUCUUGAUGCAACUGGAUUUUCGAGAUGCCUUGUGCAGUAUGAUAAGCCCUACAAUCCUGGGUACCAGGUAGCUUAUGGAAUUCUGGCAGAAGUGGAAGAACACCCAUUUGAUUUGGACAAGAUGCUCUUCAUGGAUUGGAGAGAUUCACAUCUCAAAGAUGGGACAGAGUUGAAAGAGAGAAAUAGCAGAAUUCCGACUUUUUUGUAUGCGAUGCCAUUUUCUUCGACAGAGAUAUUUCUGGAAGAGACUUCCUUGGUUGCUCGUCCUGGCUUGCAAAUGGAGGAUAUACAAGAGAGGAUGGUGGCUAGAUUGAGGCACUUAGGUAUCAAAGUUAAGAGCAUUGAAGAGGAUGAGAGAUGUGUGAUUCCUAUGGGAGGCCCUCUUCCAGUGCUUCCACAAAGGGUUGUUGGAAUAGGGGGGACUGCAGGCCUGGUUCACCCAUCAACAGGUUACAUGGUAGCAAGGACACUUGCAGCGGUGCCGAUUGUUGCAGACUCAAUUGUUCGGUUCGUCGGUUCUGAUCAUGGUCUUUCAGGUAAUGAACUGUCUGCAGAGGUUUGGAAGAAUCUGUGGCCCAUUGAAAGGAGAAGGCAAAGGGAAUUUUUCUGCUUCGGUAUGGAUAUCCUGCUUAAACUUGACUUGCAAGGAACAAGGAGGUUUUUCGAUGCUUUUUUUGAUUUAGAGCCUCACUAUUGGCAUGGUUUUCUCUCAUCAAGAUUGCUUCUUCCUGAGCUUGUACUUUUUGGGUUUUCUCUGUUCUUACAUGCUUCAAAUACUUCUAGGUUAGAAAUCAUGGCCAAGGGUACGCUUCCUUUGGUUAAUAUGAUUAAGAACUUGUUACGAGAUGAAAAUUAGUUCACAAGAGGAGACGAUUUUCUUGUAACUGCAAUAUUGUAUCUAUGACCUGCAUCUUAAUCUCUUUUCCUGUCAACUUAUAUCUAAUACUGCUUUUUCGGUUA